GAGGAGAACUCCACUGCGCCCGCGGAACUGCGCUCCGUCCUCAGAGAUAAGCUGCUCCCGCGGCUCGUCUCGCGCUGCAGAAUGUCAUCGUCGGGCAAGGACGCCAACAGCGGGGCACUACGCCAACUAUGUGGGACCGUACCGCCUGGAGAAGGACGCUGGGCAAAGGACAGACAGGUCUUGUGAAGCUGGGCGUCCACUGUGUCACGUGUCAGAAAGUCGCCAUAAAGAUUGUGAACAGAGAAAAGCUCAGCGAGUCUGUCCUCAUGAAGGUGGAGCGGGAGAUAGCCAUUCUGAAGCUCAUAGAGCACCCCCACGUUUUAAAGCUGCAUGACGUCUACGAAAACAAGAAAUACCUGUACCUGGUGUUGGAGCACGUGUCCGGUGGAGAGCUGUUCGACUACCUGGUGAAGAAGGGCCGAUUAACACCCAAAGAGGCCAGAAAGUUUUUCAGACAGAUCAUCUCAGCUCUGGACUUCUGCCACAGUCACUCCAUAUGCCACAGAGAUUUGAAGCCUGAAAACUUGUUGUUAGACGAGAAGAACAACAUCAGGAUAGCAGACUUUGGCAUGGCGUCUCUGCAGGUCGGGGACAGUCUGCUGGAGACCAGCUGUGGAUCUCCGCACUAUGCCUGCCCAGAGGUUAUCAGGGGGGAGAAGUACGACGGGAGGAAAGCCGACGCGUGGAGCUGUGGAGUCAUCCUGUUUGCACUUUUAGUGGGCGCUCUGCCUUUCGAUGACGACAACCUGAGGAACCUUCUGGAGAAGGUCAAGCUGGGAGUUUUCCACAUGCCGCACUUCAUUCCGCCCGACUGUCAGAACCUGCUGCGCGGGAUGAUUGAGGUGGACGCCACCAAGAGGCUGACGUUAGAGCAGAUCCAGAAGCAUACGUGGUAUCUAGCUGGAAAGAACGAGCCCGAGCCGGAGCAGCCCGUCCCGAGGAAGGUGGCCAUCAGGACGCUGGCCGCCGCCGAGGAGAUCGACCCCGACGUCCUGGAGAGCAUGCACUCUCUGGGCUGCUUCAGAGACAAGGAGAAGCUGACCAAAGACCUCCUGUCUGAGGAUGACAACCAGGAGAAGAUGAUCUACUUCCUGCUGCUGGAUCGGAAGGAGCGGUACCCGAGCCACGAGGACCAGAACCUGCCGCCAAGAAAUGAGAUCGCAGACCCUCCCAGGAAGCGCGUGGACUCGCCCAUGCUGAGCCGCCACGGCAAGCGGAGGCCGGAGAGGAAGUCCAUGGAGGUGCUGAGCGUGACGGAGGGCGGCUCCCCCGUCCCGGUGCGGCGAGCCAUCGACAUGGCCACCCACGGGCAGAGCAAAUCUGUUUUCAGUAAAAGCUUGGAUAUCACAAACGCUAACUGCAGCAAGGAGGAAAGGUCGCGGUCGAUCAGCGGGGCGUCCUCCGGUCUGUCCACCAGCCCUCUCAGCAGCCCUCGGCCCAACCGGCGGUUCUUCAUCCCGCCCCAGUCCCCAGACCUGUGCCAGUCCCCCAACUGCAGUCCCACCCACUCCCCCGAGGUCCGCCUCAACGGGGUGGGGCCCCGCACACCCAACUCCUUCCAGCCAAAGAUGGGGUCCCCCCUCAUGCACCCCCGCACGCAGACCCUCCCCGCCAAGCCCAGAAUGUCCGAGAAGCCCCUGCAGACCACCAGGUCCAACCCGCUCCCCAACACGGCCCAGACCCCCUCCACUCCCAAAUCCGAACCCUCCACGCCCUGCCAGCCUCUGGCUCCCUGCAUCCCCAACAGUCCCCGGGUGAGGCGUCACCCUCCCCUCACUGUCCCCCCCAAACUGUCCAUCCCCCUCUCGCCGGUGCCCCCCAUGUCGCCCCUCCGCCGGCACCACCUCCACCCUGACCACAACGGCAAAUCUGUCCCCAUCGCGCAGGUGACCCCUCACCCCUCCCCCAGAGGGAGCCCUCUCCCCACCCCCAAAGGCACCCCGGUGCACACGCCCAAGGACAGCCCGGCUGGCACGCCCAGCCCCACGCCGCCGCCCAGCCCCUCCAUCGGCGGCAUGCCCUGGAGGACGCGCCUCAACUCCAUCAAGAACAGCUUCCUGGGCUCGCCACGCUUCCACCGCAGGAAAAUGCAAGUUCCCACUCAGGAGGACAUGUCCAGUCUCACCCCCGAUUCCUCUCCAGAGCUGGCUAAGAAGUCGUGGUUCGGGAACUUCAUAAACUUGGAGAAAGAGGAGCAGAUUUUCAUUGUGAUCAGAGACAAACCUCUGAGCUCCAUUAAGGCCGACAUCGUCCACGCCUUUCUCUCUAUUCCCAGUCUGAGCCACAGCGUCAUCUCUCAGACUAGUUUCCGGGCCGAGUACAAGUCCACCGCCGGCCCCACGGUUUUCCAGAAGCCGGUCAAGUUCCAGGUGGACAUCACCUACACCGAGAGCACCAGCGCCACCAAGGAGAAUGGCAUCUACUCCGUCACCUUCACCCUGCUGUCAGGUCCGAGCCGACGUUUCAAACGUGUGGUGGAGACCAUCCAAGCUCAGCUGCUCAGCUCCAACGACCAGCCCGGCAUCCAGCCGCAGAUAUCCGAUGGCUCUCAGCGCUCUGCCUCUUUGCCCAGUAAAUCCUCCAAGCGUGGCAGCCCGUUGAGUAACUUCUUUGACGUAAUUAAACAGCUUUUUUCAGACGAGAAGAACCUCCAAGCGUCCCACUCCCCCAGCGGCGCCCCCGCCACGCCUAGCUCCCCCACCAAGCAUGCCCCCGGCAGCAAGCCCAGCCAGCCCCCGCCCAAUGACUCCAAAUGCCCCCCCGGCAAAGACAAAACAAAGACGGCGGCCGGCAACAGGACGCAGGAACAACCUUAAGGAGCGCUAGCUGUGCAUGAGUAGCCGCGGUGAUCAGGUCCCGACAGCAGAGAGGAGCGCUGCUAACUUUGCCCUUUAGCUCGGAGUGAAAACCACAAAACAGAUCUACUUUUUGCCUAUAAAUUUUGUACUGUAUGAUGGGAAUGGCUCUUUCAGUUCAUAAGUCGAUCAGUAUUUUACAAUAAGUAGCAAAUGUAGCUUGGUCGUCCCCCGUCGCCCUCCCCCCCCCCCCCGUGUCCCUCGCUGUGUCCCCGGGGGUCUGUCGGUGGGUGUGUGUCCUCAUCACAUGUGUGACGGCUUCACUUGUCUCUGCCACCAGGGAUCAUCCAUAAUAGCUAUUAACCUCGGCGGCCCUCCGAGACCAGUCGCCGCCGCCGCCGCCAGCUCAGCUCAGCUCAGCUCAGCCACCACAGUCUGAAGACUCAAAAUAAAAAAAUAAAAAUAAGACAGAGGACCCCUCACGCCCCCCCCCCCCCCCCCCCCCCCCCCUCCUCCUCUUCCUCCUCUUCGAGUUCUCUCUCUCUCCGGCUGCAUCAGUAGAGUCAACGCCGCCCUCCGCCGCCAAACCCGACACCAGAGACAUCUCAGACAAGUUGUACAAAGGAGAAAAAAAGCCUUAAGACAGUGAUGUUUGUCAAUCUACACACACACGCGGACACAAACACACACAGAGACUCACACACCUCCUUCCUGUAUCUUCCAUUCCUCCCAUGUGUACAUAAUUAAAAACACUUCUCUAAACAAACUUCUUUGCGGGAUGUAACGACUCCGUUCGAGGAUGCAGGAGAAGCAGCAGCAGCGCUGGACGGACGGACGGACGGACGGACGGACGGGCGCAGGCUGGAUUGUACUUCUUUUUAAUGUUGUGUUUCUUUGUGAGCGGCAGGAACGUUUCCCAGCUUUCUGUGAACAGGUUCUUGCGGUGAAAAGUCGCCCAUUAAAAGUGCGGUGAAGACGGGAGCGGGGUGGGGGUGGUGGGGCUGAUAUUCUAUAAAUGAAUGAUCUAUUCUGUUGUACAGACUAAAUAAUGUUGCGUAUGUACAAAAAAAAAAAAAAAAAGGUGUAGUUGUGAUAUUCUGUUUUUAGAGCUGUCGUCUUCUUUUGGGGGGUUUGUGUUCCUGUAGGGGGGGAG